ACAACAAAAGUUAAUGAUGAUCCCUAACAUUCAUCCUUCAUAUGCAGUCUAUUCUCUGAAUUUACAAGUGCCUUUACUUCAAGUACUGUAUGUCUUAGUUCUCUCCUCCUUGAACUGAAACUUUUAUUAUUUUUACUUCUCACAACAUCUGGGAUCCUAAACUCAGCAUGCCCCAAACUAAAAUUAAUAGUUUCAUUCCCACUCUUUGCCUCCUGACACACACAAGAACACUAACAAAACCUCCUCUUUCUUUUCUCUCUACCCACUGCAAUCUUCAGAGUCACAACUCUGGAAUCAUCCAAGACUCUCUACUUUCUCCAACCCCUCUCUCCCUUGGUCCCAGUAUCCUAAAUAUCUCUUAAACUUUUUUUCACUCCUCUCUACCUAGUUUAGCUUCUAACCAUUAUCUCACCUGGACCUUUUCAACAGUCUUUUAACUAGUCCCUCUACCAUUACUUCUCACCUUGCAAUUCAUCUGUUACACCAGAGGGAGUUUUCUAAAACCUAAAUUUGUUACAGAACCCAAGUUCAUGUGCCCGCUUCAGAAGGCCAAAACUAAAAAUGUCGGAGUUUGGAGUAAGGAAAGGUUUAUUGAUCAAGAAAGCACCAACUGAGAAGAGGUUGCUUUCUUCUGAGAAGGUCUCUGAUAAGGACCAUUCUCUCCCCAAACCCUGCUGGAGCAAGGACAUGAGGCUCCUCUUUGACCAGUUCAUGAAGAAAUGUGAAGAUGGCUCCUGGAUACAUUUGCCUUCAUAUGAGUAUAUAGCAACUCAAAGGAGUCAAGACUUCCCAACCUUUAUUCAUGCUUAUUUCCCUACAGCCUCCGAGCUCAUAAACAAAGAAAAACUGUCACAGGGCCGGCUCUUCACCAGAAGCUUUGAGGAUGGCCUGGGCUUUGAAUAUGUGAUGUUCUAUAAUGAUGCUGAGAAAAGGAUAGUUUGUGUGUUUCAAGGAGGUCCUCACCUGCAAGGAAUGCCUGGAUUUUUUCACGGAGGUGCCAUUGCAACCAUGAUUGAUGCUACUGUUGGUAUGAAUGCGAUUGUAUCUGGGGGAAUUGUCAUGACUGCCAAUCUCAGGGGGCGGGGGAGGAUCCACAGACCUGGGCUUGAUGCUGCCUCUUCCAGUAGCUAG